AUGCUUGAAUUACCUACCCAGAUUGUCAAAAAACACAAGAAGGCGCUAGAAAAAGCGCAAAAUCUCAACAUUAGCAACAAAAAGUUCACUGAACUUAAGGAAAAGUGGGAUGAUUACGUCGCAGUGCUAUCAACGCCAGUAACAACCAACGGCAUCAAGGACAUGUUAGCUAAUGCUGAAAACCAAACUGAAUUAGCCAACAAAACCAAUUAUAUACAGCUUUGUGCUCAAUAUCUAUAG